AGGACACACUGCCGUCUGAGAGUUGAAUCUGCCCGACGCAUCUGCAGGGUCUUGAUUCUGUAUUUGGUUUAUUUCAGAGGUAGGUUCCUUUUUUUAUUUUUUGGGUGGGAGGGUUGCUGAGUGAUAUUUCUGAUUUUUAGCCGCCCAGAGUGUUUCAGAAAUAAAGCAAAUGAAUACGUUUGUGCCUAAAACUCCUGCAUCUUCCCCCUGCCAGACAGCUCCUUGACACUGAGGUGGCUCUUGAUCUGGCACCCCUUUGUUAGUGGGAGCAAAAACAGGUGGAGAAGGGGCAGCUCCAGAAACCCCCAGCGGAUGAGGCCAACUUCUUCUCUGGGAGGGUCUUUCAGGGCAACAUGGGGAGGUUAAGCUUGCGGGGCAGUUGUCCCCAUACCACCAAAUCCGUGGCUGGGGAGCCCAAUGGAGGGAGGGCAUCCGGGUGCCUGCCCCACUUGUGGGCCUUGUCCCGGAGGCCUGGGGAGGAACAGGAGGCCAGGCCAGGCCAGGCCAGGCCGAGGGCCUCGCACGAAAGUGAGCAUCUUCAGGGCUUUCCAGCUGCGCCGGGGGGCUGCCAGUUCCCCAGAAGAGGGUCUGGAGGGCCUGGGCUUCAUCCUGGCUCCGGCAUGUCUCCCAGGCGAUGGAGGCAAUGUGAUGGGGGCUGCCAGGGGCCAGGAAGGAGCACCCAACCCUGGGGAGCAGAGGAGAGAGGAACAGGCGCCUCAGGAGCAGGUCACCAGGGCCUGCCUGGGGCCGCAGAGCAGGCGCAGAGGUCAGGGGAGGGGAAGGCCUCGGCCAGACCUGAGACAAGGGCGAGCAGCCGAUGGCCACGUUUGCUGACGGGCACAAAAUAGGACCAGGAUCAGGCAAGGCGCUUGCAGACAGGGAAGUGGCAACCGCAGUUCAGCGUCAGCAGUGCCGAGGGAGCAGAUGGGCCCCAGAAACCCAAACUGACUCUGACGCUGACGCAGGCAGGGCUGGGGGGCCCUGCUGAAUAACGUAAGGAAACCGUCAAGCCAGGCAGCCUUGGCAGUGAAAUCAGGAAUUGGAAAUAAAACUGCUCAUUUACCCUGCUCAUCUGUGUAAUCUGUGAUGCAACCAGUCUCGAAAUAUCGUACGGAGUUCCUACUGAGCAUGGCCCUGCCCCACUGCCCUCUGAAAGAGCCCUGGAACAGUUCCAGGCUCCAAGGCCACCUUUGUGCCAGGGAUGAAUGAAUAAAAGCCAGGGCAGGACAGGGCAUCAGACCUUUCAAAGCACAGGCUUCAGAGGCGGGCAUGCCCUCGGAGCCCCGCCCCAGGAAGGAGAAGGAUGGGCUGGCAGUGCAUCUCUGCUGGGGGGAGAAUAAUAUGUGCUUCCCCAUCUCAGUGGACUGAAAUCCAAGCCCCCCCCCUCAAGAAACUCCUACUUGACAGUGCAGUCAGGACUUGGCAAGCCCCCCGAUGGUGAUGCCAUGCCACAAGGGUCCCCGUGCCUUCUGCCUUGAUGGAGCUUCCCGAACAAGAGUGGCAAGGAAUCUACUGAGGUCCCCAUCCUGAGAUCUCGCUGCAGCUCCUUUCCCACCAGUCUCUCUUGGACCCAGAGACCCAGGAAGGGUUCAGGGCACUGGCAAGUCCCUGACGCAGACGGUGCAGCUGCUCGCCACCUUCCUGCCUCCAGGGCCUCCAGGCUUACACUGAGAAGCAGGCCAGGAGGGCCCCAAGGGUCUCUCUGCUGCUCCGUGUGCUCAGAGACGUUGGGAAGCCGGUGGGGCCUGGUGUGGAGGGCUGACCUUCUGUCCUAACCGAGCCUCAGGCUGGGAGAAGCAGCUGGAAGCCCCACUGAGGUCCCAGCUUCUCUGAAUCAGCUUUGCCAGUCAGGCUGAGCCACGAAGGAGCCAGGCCCAUGUUAGCUGGCAGCGGAGUCUCCUCCGUCAGCAAGAGCCGUGAGCAAGAGAUGCCCCAGAGAAGAGGAGGAGGCAGUCUUUGCGGCGAAAUAUUGGACCCUCCUUAGCAGGGGAAGGGAGGGGAGGCCCUGAGGCAGAAGCCCAGCUCUUGGGCAACUGCUUAUGACUGCCCCCCCACUUCUUUAAAUAGCCACCAUAAACAUCAUCCCUAUCUCAUAGAGAUCUUGGCCCGAUCCAGCCCAGCGCAGGUUUUUGGCCUCAGCUACUCACAGGUUGUAGGAUAAAACGAGAGGGACAAUAUUAAACUCCCCCACCAGCCAAUCCAUUCACUACCCUGUGUUUUUACGGAAUUACUCUAAAAACGUCCAAACCAGCAGCUGUCAUCUGAUCUGAUGAUAGCCGUUCUGCAGGUGUUCUCCUGAGCACCACCUUUUCGGAUCCUGAUUAGUGUUAAGGGAGGGUUCCAACUCCCAGCGUUGGCAGAGAGGAAGGAAGAAAAGCCCUCCCCGCCACGUUUUCUGUUUUCUGCCCAGGCGAGGGCCCAAAUACCUCCAUUUGGUCCCUCCCUCCUGAGCUGGGAGGGCCCCCUGGAGCCCCCAGCCCAUCGCAAGGCCCUUGGCUGCCCCUUUCGGACCUGCCCGUCCAGGAAGGAGAGAUGGCAUGGCCAGGAAAGGCAGAGGGCGUGGUGCCCCUGUUCCCAGGGCCCAGAAGGAGCGCCAGGUGGUCUGCUGCCAAGUGGGCCUUUGUCUCCUUCCUGGAAGAUUCAGGACUCAGGGUUGGGUUUCUGCACCUGUUUUGUGCUGGUCUAAUCCUAACUGGUUGAACCUGUCUCCACCAGGGGCACAGGUGGGAUCCCAGGAGGUCAUUUGAUCCUGGCCCUCCAACCAAGCCUUUUGGCAAGAGGGUAUAUAACCAGAGGGAGCCACCUCCAGCCGGACACAGCUGGAGACCAUGGCAGCCCUGAGGCUUUGGCUGUUCGCUGCAGCCCUGGCAGAAGCAGGCAGUGCCCCGGAAACCUGGCCUGUCAUUGGGGUGUCCAAUGGCGGUCCUUGGGGCCCCUGGACCUGGCAGGAGAUGUGCCCCAAAGAGACGUACGCCACAGGAGUCAGCCUCAAGGUGGAGCCCUAUCAAGGGCAGACCAAAGACGACACGGCCCUGAAUGGCAUCCGACUGUAUUGCACGCAUGGCAGCCACGGUGAGAAGUCUGAGGCUGAAACGGUGGAGUCGCAGAGCAAUGUGUGGGGCCAAUGGACCGACCCCCUCUGGUGCCCCCAGGGCAGCUAUCUGACCGGCUUCUCUUUGCGGGUGGAGCAGGUCCAGCGUGGCAUCCAGGAUUACAUGGGAGCCACCAACGUCCGCUUUAUCUGCUCAGAUGGGAAGAUCUUGGAGGGUCACGGCCUGCCCUGGGGGGAGUAUGGGCCCUGGAGUCCCUUCUGUAAGAAAGGCCUGUGUGGGAUCCAGACCAAACAGGAGUCCAUACGCGGGGUCCUGAUAGACGAUUCUGCCCUCAACGAUGUCCGGUUCCUUUGCUGCAGACAGUGAAUGGAUGGGGACCUCAGGCCAGAUCCCUGGGCAACUGAUCACUCUGGCCUGGAUCGACCAGUGGGUCCUUUUCUGCCCUCCCCAGGCCAGAACAGCCUUCGGAGGAGGCAGGUGCCCACAGCUCUUCCUUCCAGCCGCGCCCACUGGUCAGUCAGCCCCUGCGAGGAAGAGGCUCUCCGCUUGGCUCCCUCCCUGGCUCCGGUCAGCAAGAGAGAGCCUCU